AUGUACACUCGUUUAAUUCGACAUACUAGUACUUCUCUGCCACAAUUCCGCAUGUUUUUCAACUUUUCAGCCUCUAAUUAUUCAGGUAACUCUCAAGAUCAUAAAUCUAAUGAACACCUAAUAAAAUCAGAUGCAAAAAAAGAUGAAAAUGAAUCUAGUGAUACCUCCACGACACCAUGUGACCGGGCAGAACAAACUGUUUCUGGAAAUACAAAUCAGAUUGCUCAUUCAACAACUGCCUACGAUAAAGACGCAGUUAAUCCCGAUCAAGAAAUUGAAAAGAUGAAAGAAAAGAAUCAUCAAGACUCGUUGGAUUUAAGUGCAGCUAAUCCACGAAUAAGUACUACCUCCAAGGAUUCGUCUCUACCUGCUAGAAAAUAA